AUGGCUGAACCUGAACCACACGCGCCGCCGAAGGGCCUCAACAGGCCGUGUAUUCUCCUCAUUACAAUUUCUGGGAUGGAGAGGUUUGCGUUCAAAGGGGUGGCGUCAAAUCUGGUGACGUACCUGACUGACGUCAUGGGGAUGAGCAACUCGUCCGCCGCCAAAUUCGUCAGCAGCUGGGUAGGGUUCACGUCGAUGUUGCCGCUGGUUAUAGCGACUCUUGCGGAUUCUUACUGGGACCGACACAACACGAUUUUAGCAUCUUCAGUGUUAUAUUCUGCGGGGCUAUUAGCUCUAACUUCGACAGCCAUUCGGCACAAUACCCAUUCGGUCUCGUCUCUAUCGUGGUCCCUCUACAUGAUUUCCCUAGGCCAGGCUGGCUACAACCCUUCCCUUCAGGCUUUCGGUGCCGACCAGCUCGAAAAAAACGAGGAUAAUGGAGAUAUUUUGCCGGUUUCUAACACGUUAGACGAGGAUAGGACAAAAGGCAGUGACUCAGAUAGAAAAAGCAAGUUCUUCCAGUGGUGGUAUUUCGGCAUAUGUUGUGGGAGCUUGUUGGGAGUCUCGGUUAUGUCAUACGUUCAGGACAACCUCGGAUGGGGGAUUGGAUUUGCUAUCCCCACUCUCUCCAUGCUCGUGUCGAUAGUUCUGUUCUUGUGCGGGAACAGAUUGUACGUUCGGAGGCGGAGUGGAAUUACUAACGCCAGGUCGUUCGAGGAUGUCAUGCGAGCGGUCAAGGCGGCCUUGUCGAAGGUGGUCAAGGGUGGUGGGACCCGCCAGCCUGGCGACGGCGACUAUGCCAUAGUCGAGUUGGAGCUCCAGGAGAAGGCAGCCCUUUGCGACCUGGACCAACCCGACCCGGCCCGCUUACCCCUUAUCGAGGCCUUGCGGGCCGUGCUCCGACUUCUCCCGAUUUGGACGACCCUCCUCGUAUUCGCCAUCGUUUUCCAGCAACCGGCCACUUUCUUCACGAAGCAAGGCUCGACCAUGAACCGAGCAAUCGGCUCGACCCGCUUCGAAAUUCCCCCUGCCGCCCUUCAAGGCUCGAUUACCAUCUCGAUCAUACUUCUCAUGCCGCUCUAUGAUCGGGCCUUCAUUCCCCUUAUUCGGGCCCUCACGCGCGACCCGAACAGCGGGGUCUCGGUCGAGCGGAGGAUCGGGAUAGGCAUGUUCCUAUCCGUGGUUGCGAUGAUUGUUGCCGCAAUAACCGAGCGAAAACGCCAGCUCGCCGGAAAUAACUUGCCGAGCAUAUUCUGGCUUCUGCCGCAAUACGUGCUUUUGGGAAUUUCAGACAUAUUCACAGUUGUUGGGAUGCAGGAGUUUUUCUACUCCGAGGUGCCGCCCAAUAUGCGUACGAUGGGGAUUGCGCUCUACACGAGCGUUUUUGGGGUCGGGGGCUUCUUGAGCGCGUUGCUCAUAUCAGUGAUCGAGAGGCUCACGACUGACUGGUUCGUGGAUGACAUGGCAAAGGCGCGGCUCGACAAGUACUAUUGGUUUCUAGCAGGCUCGAGUGCAGUUAGCUUGUUGGUGUUUGUAGGGCUUCGCAGGUUGUUUAGGGGUACAGCUUAG